AAAUGGGGGCCAGGCUAUGCUAACCUGCGCACCCUGCAAUAUAGAAAAGAAAGAGAGAAGGGCGACGGCGACGAGCCGAACCGCCGACAGCCAUCGGAGGUGAGAUUUUCGACGGAAUCUUCAUGUUCGCAUCGAAUCUCAACAAUAAUAUGUUUGCCGGUCAAAUGAGCGGCCUGGAUUUGUUCUUUCCCGUUCCGACCGCCGCCGUAGCCGCCACGGCAACGUCUUCCGGCGGUGGUUUCGCCUCCGGAGAUACGGGGAGGAACGAAAUAGAUGAUGAUUGGGGAGACUUCGUCGAUUCUUCUGUUGCUGUUUCCCGCGCGGGAUCUCUCCCGCCCGAUCCAAACGGUUUCCUCGCGGAUCGCAACGAUACGGACUCGACGGUGGUGGCUCAGCUUGAGUCGGCGCCGAGUCGGAUCGAGUCGAGUCAGGCUCAGUGGGUGAAGCCUCAGGGUCCGGUGCCACUGUCGGUGUUUGGAGAAGCGGAGGAGGAAGGAGAAAGGGAUGGAUCAGGUGUGUCGGCUCCAGCGUUAAGAUUUUCUUUCGACUCGACUUCUAGUAAACACAAUAAUGGCAAUGGAUCUGUGAAAAAAGUAAUGUAUACGAAUCCGAGUGUUGGAAUCAAUGAUUUGAUUGCAAAUUUGUAUAUGGAUAAUGACCAGAACAAGCCGGAAAACGGGCUGAAUUUUGACACAAAUAGUUCGGCUCAUUUUGACACGAAUACGAAGAAUUCGCAAUUGAAUUCACUGAAUUUUGGGGGACAUCUUUCGGAUUCGGGUCCGGCUGAGAUCGUGAUAGUGAGAAGGUCUGAUUUGGAAUUAAAGGACACUGGUUUGAGCCAAAAAGGUCCAAAUUCAGUUAGCAUGGAGAAUUUGAGCUGGAAUCCAUUGAAUUUUGAUACGCAAAGGUUUGGACCGAAGUCUGAUGCCAUGCAUUCAAAUUCUAGUGACGUGAUGUUUGAUUCGAAUGGUUCAAAUUUGGGCUCUGUUGAUCAGAAAGAUGAUAUUGAUGAAGAUGAGGGGUGGGAAUUCAAAACUGCUGAAUCUAAGUCGCAGACUGGAGAUGGAGACUCUAAGCCGGUGGAACAGAAGACGGCUGAAAGUGGACCUGCUGUGGUUUCUAAUACAUCGAAUUUGAGUUGGAACUUUUGGAGUUUACCAACAAAUGGGGUAGGCCUAAAUGUCGAUAGUGGUAAAAUCGAUGCAGUUAAUUCAGUUUCUGAUUCGGGAUUUGGAGAGGAUGGCUCUUGGAAUAACGACGGAUGGGAAUACAAGGUUGCAGAAACUGGAGAACUGAAGAACAGUAUAACAAGUAAGGUUGAAGGGAAUGAUAAGAAGGAUGUUAAAAGCGCUGAAUUGGCCGUUGCAUUCGAGAAUGGUGUGCAUCAGGUCGACGAUUUAUUUGCCGUGUCUUCUCAACAAUCUUCUCAACAAUGUGGCGGGUGGGGCUUAGGAUUUGAUAUCAAUCCAACUUCAAAAACUGAAGCCACCAGUUUUCCAAAUUCUAGCUCUCAAAGUCAGCAGUAUGAGAGGAACACUGUUCCGAGUUUCUUUCCCAGCGAUUCUGAAGAAACAACCUGGGCAUUUAAGCAGUCAUCUUCAGAAAAUGAUAUACAGAACGAGGAAAAGCUAGGUGUUCCUGAUGUUCUUCCUGCCAAUUUCCAGAAUCAUUUAUCUGAUGGUGUGGUACAGGAGAAAGAAGUGCAGCCAGAGAAGCCUAAUGGACCGUUGGCGCUGUCCCUUUUCGGCGAAGAAGAUCUUGAAAGUUCUGAUCCUGUAUUUCAUGGAGCUGUUCCCUCUUCCAUACAUGAUUCCUCCUCGAGGGAUAAACCUAAGGCUCCUGGUCCAAGUUUAUCAGUCAGUGAUCUAAUAUCAAGUUUAUACAAUCGAGUGGAGGAGAAUACUAAAGGUGCUGAAAACAGCAAGGCUGCCACUGAUUUCAAUUUGGUAAAUGAUGAGGAUGAUUCUUGGGAGUUUCAAGGUUCAAUGCAGCCUGUGACAGUUUCUGAUUUGAAGGAAGGAGAUAACAGUUCCAGGAAAUUUGGAGGUGUUUCUGUGGGGAAUGAAACCCCGAGUCAAACCUUUGAUCAUGCUGGUACUAGAGAACAACACAAAAAACAAUUCACUAGCAUAGAGGUGAACGAUUUCCGGGAUCUCUUUGAUAAACUAAAAACCGAAUUGUGCUACGUUGCUCUAAACCAUCUGGAGAAUAUAAAGGAAGCUCGAAAAUUAGUUGCUGAUUCUAGUGAAGGCACUGAAGUAGAAAAAUGCGACGAGGAAAUUCAGGAUAUGCGUAAGAAGCUGCAAGAGGAUGUUCUGAUCAGUGAAAUCGACUUGGAGAGUCUACAACUGAGACCCUCUGACAUUAGGGAGUUUGUCAACACUCUUAAGGAGAUAAAGUUUCGAGUACUGGAUUCAGAAUAUCGCCUCUCAGAGAGAUUGUUACCGGCUGAAAACGAUUGGAAUUCAACAAUCGAACUUCUGAAACACUCUACAUUGACUCUGAAGAUCUUGAACUUGUGCUCAUCCGAGCAGCAGUCCAACUAUACUUCGACUUGGUCUGCCAUUGCUUCUGCCUGUGCUCAAGAACUGAGACACGCUGUUGCUAUUUGGAAGCUGGCGCAGGAAAAGAACAUUCAAAGAAAAAUCCUAUCUUCUCCUCAAGGGAAGAAAUAUAUUCUUGCAUUGGGUGAAGUUUACAGGGUAGCAAAAAUUCUUGUAGCCUCGACCAGAUUAUACAAACCAUGGAUUUUAUUAGCUCCAGGGUCAAAUAUAUCAGCUCUUCUGAAUGAGUGUGCCAGCUUGUGGUCGAGCUCAGGACUAGAAGAUGCUCUGCUAAAUAUUUCCAAACUCCACAAUGACAAAUCCGCUGCUCAGCUUCUAGAAUCGAUCAAUCACAUGGACAAAGUUGAUGCCUUUACACUUCACAACCGCAUCUUCUUGGCUAGCAAAUCCACUUGCCACAUCUCUGGCUUUCCUGCUGAGCUCAUACCAGGGAUGAAGACCGUUGAAUGGAACGGUAAGCACUUCUUGGUGGCUAUUGCGAAUCUGUGGGCAAAUCUGAUAAGCCGCGAUCCCCCUCAUCUUCCUCAGGCUCUUCUCGGUAACCAAUCUUUCCCGACAUCUGUAUCAAUCUGGCCUUAGCCGACCAAAGCAGACUUAACCAGUAUUACAGGCGAUGGUUGGAUGAGGAUACGGUUUAAGCUUUAUAGACUGUGGGAAGAAACCUCUCGGCGAUUCAGCGGUUUCGGACUACGAACCCGCUGCGUGAGCCGGAGAGAGAGAGUGUGUUUGAAGUGUGGAUUGAAAGAGAGAUUGAGAUCGGAGAGAAUAUUUCAAAUUAUAAUAAAGGGGGAAAAAAAAGAAGGUAUGUAUGUAUGUAUGUAUGUAUGUAUGUAUGUAUGUAUGUAUGUAUGUAUGUAUGUAUGGGUGGGGGUGUGUGUGUGUGUGUGUAUGACUAGUCAAAAAGUCUUAAUUCACUAAGGUUUGACAAUGUGAAGUAAACAUCUCAUCAAAAUUUUUUUUCUUUUUGUACA